CCAUUUUCCAGCUGUCCCUCACUCGAUCGGGAUUUCUGAACCACAGGAGAAUCACCGGAAGGGCUUUCGGUGAUAAACCGUCACAUUUUGGGAGAAAGGACAACAAUUUAUGGUCACAUAAACACACGGAGAGCUACUUUAUACAGCUUUAAGGAUGGAAGCUAAACUAUGAGGCGUUGUGCUUUUGCAGAAGACUGAGUGAACCAUGGCACAGUUCCCCACUGCAUUCACAGGACAAGAUGUGUUUCUCAUCACUGCGGAUGAAAGAGCCAAACACGACCAGCAGUUUCACAGCCUCUCCCCGACUGCUGGGGGUUACAUAACAGGUGACCAGGCCAGGAACUUCUUCCUCCAGUCAGGCCUGCCCCCCCCUAUCCUGGCCCAAAUAUGGGCCUUGGCCGAUAUGAACAGCGACGGCCGUAUGGAUAUGCAGGAGUUCUCCAUCGCCAUGAAGCUCAUCAAACUCAAACUGCAGGGCCACCCUCUGCCGCCGGCGCUCCCUCCCAGCAUGAAACAGCCGCCGCUCGCUUUACCCCCACAGCCCAGCUUUGGUAUGCCUCCUAUGGCACCGAUUCCCACCGCCAUCCCAGCCCCCCUCCCAGUCGUACCUCCACUGCCACUGCCCCCACUCCCUGUUGGGGUGUCUCCGCCUCUCGUCUCCACCUCAGCGCCUCCCCUGCCGCCACCCAUGGCAAACGGAGCACCUCCCACAGCCAUGAUGCCCCCCAUCCCAGGUUUUCCCCACCCAGCUCCGUCUGUGAACAAGGCCGCUUCGUUCAAUCGUUCCAGCACCAAGCUGCAGAAGGUCUCGUCGUUUGACGCUGCAGGUGCUCAGCCUCCCUCUGACUGGGCGGUUCCCCAGUCCUCCAGAUUAAAGUACAGACAGCUUUUUAACUCCCAUGACAAGAUGAUGAGUGGAUACCUCACCGGACCCCAGGCUCGCACUAUUCUGAUGCAGUCCAGUCUUCCUCAGACUCAGCUGGCUACGAUCUGGAGUCUAUCAGACAUCGACCAGGAUGGAAAGCUAACAGCUGAGGAGUUCAUCUUGGCUAUGCACCUUAUCGAUAUGGCAAUGUCAGGGUUACCGCUGCCUCCAGUGUUAUCAGCAGAAUACCUACCACCUACCUUCAGGCGGGUGCGGAGUGACAGUGUUCAGUCAGACCAGAAGAGUGUCCAUGAGGAGGCAGAGGAGGAGAACGAGAGCAACCAGGAGAAAAAGCUACCAGUGACAUUUGAGGAUAAGAAGAGGGAGAACUUUGAGAGAGGAAACCUGGAGUUGGAGAAAAGACGUCAGGCUCUUCAGGAGCAACAGAGGAAAGAACAGGAGAGGCUGGCAGCGCUGGAGAGGGAGGAACAGGAGAGGAAGGAGCGCGAGCGUUUGGAACAAGAAAGAAGACGACAGCAGGAGCUGGAGAAGCAGCUGGAGAGGCAGCGAGAGCUGGAGAGGCAAAGAGAAGAAGAAAGACGCAAGGAGAUAGAAAGGAGAGAGGCUGCUAAGAGGGAGCUGGAGCGCCAGCGUCAGCUGGAGUGGGAACGGCAGCGCCGCCAAGAGCUUCUAACUCAAAGGAACCGAGAGCAGGAAAGCAUAGUGCUGCUCAAAGCCAGGAAGAAGACACUGGAGUUUGAGUUGGAGGCACUGAAUGACAAGAAGAACCAGUUGGAAGGUAAAUUGAAGGAUGUUCGGUUUCGUCUUUCAACCCAGCGGAGAGAGAUGGAGCAGACCAAUCAGACGAGAGAAACGCGCAUCGCUGAAAUCACCCAGCUUCAACAGCAGCUUCAGGACUCCCAACAGUGGCUGGGGAGGCUGAUUCCUGACAAACAGAAUCUGAAUGACCAGUUAAAACAGGUUCAGCAGAACAGUUUGCACCGUGAUAGUCUGUCAUCACUGCAGAAGGCCAUCGAGCAAAAGGAGAGCAGCAGGCAGCAGCUCAGAGAGCAGCUGGAUACAGUGGAAAGAGAGACCAGAGCCAAGCUGUUGGAAAUAGACGCCUUCAACACACAACUGAAGUGUCUGUGUGAGUUCUAUGCCAACCACUGUGCCAGGAUAGAAGCCCUGCGACGCCAGCUUCACCGCCAAGAGAAAGGGAGACAGGAGCUGCGGGAGAUUCACAGCCGGCAGCAGAGACAGAAGCAGAAGGAUCUGGAAGGAGGCGCUCAGCCGCUGUCCUCCCAGAGGAAGUCAGCCGAGCUGGAGGAGAGCCGGUUAUCCUCAAGGGAAGGCGUGGCCUGGCGGGGUGAUGCUGGAAGCUCCGCCCCUAAAGCUCCCAGCCCAGCCUCUGUGUCUGCAUCCCACGCCUGGCUCAACAGGGUGACUCAGGAGGAGGAGGACAGAAAAAGGAGAGGGAUGGAGGAGGACGAGGAGGGCAGGAAGGGAGCCGCGCUGGAAGAGAAAGAGGCUGAGAGUCAAAGCCAGAAGGAUGUCCAGGAAAAACUCAACACGCUGUUCAUCCAGCCAGCCGACCCCUGGGUUUCCACAGCUGAAAAGGCUCCCGCUGCCAAUCUGUUUGACCAGAAAGCUUCGGCCGGCGGCUUUGAACAGCAGAAGCAACAGCAGCAGCAGCCAGUGAAGGUGGUCUACUACAGGGCUCUGUAUCCGUUCGAUGCCCGUAGUCACGAUGAGAUCAGCAUCCAGCCUGGUGAUGUCAUCAUGGUGGAUGAGUCCCAAACUGGGGAGCCUGGCUGGCUAGGAGGUGAGCUCCGAGGAAGGACCGGCUGGUUUCCAGCUAAUUACGCAGAGCGGAUACCUGAAAGCGAAGCACCGAUCAGCCUGCGUGCCCCGUCCUCGGCCACGCCCCCAGCAACCCAGCAUCCAGUGGCCACGCCUCCUUCCGCCUCCGGACCAACCUCCACGUCUUCAGCCAACAGUAACUGGGCCGACUUCAGCACCACUUGGCCGUCCAGCAACGCCAGCCAGUCCGACAGCGAGGGAUGGGACGCCUGGCCCACGUCCUCAGCCAGUCAGAAUCCCUCUCUCAGCAUUCCAUCAGCACAGCUGCGGCAGCGCUCCGCCUUUACGCCUGCCACCAUGACGACAGGCUCCUCCCCAUCUCCCGUCCUUGGACAGGGGGAGAAGGUGGAAGGACUUCAGGCCCAGGCUUUGUAUCCCUGGAGAGCAAAGAAGGACAACCACCUGAACUUCAAUAAGAACGAGGUCAUAACCGUGUUGGAGCAGCAGGACAUGUGGUGGCUGGGUGAACUUCAGAACGGACAGAGAGGCUGGUUCCCCAAAAGUUACGUCAAGCUCAUCUCAGCCAACAUGGCCAUUCCUGCCGUCGCUGCGGUCCGCAGCAAAAACACCAAUGAACCUGGAAUAUCAGAGAGUCCACCCAAUGGGAAACGACCUUCAUCCUCUCCAGCAAAACCCUCCGAUUCUGGAGAAGAGUAUGUAGCCAUGUACACCUAUGAGAGCAGCGAACAGGGGGACCUCAGCUUCCAGCAGGGAGAUAUCGUCGUGGUGACCAGGAAAGAAGGGGAUUGGUGGACUGGUAUGGUCGGAGGAAAGACCGGCGUUUUUCCGUCCAACUACGUCAAACCGCGCGAUUCAGUCACUGAGGCACUGGGACCAGCAGGAAAGACCGGAAGUCUGGGGAAGAAACCAGAGAUCGCUCAGGUGAUCGCUGCUUACACUGCGACGGGCGCGGAGCAGCUGACGUUAGCGCCGGGGCAGCUCAUCCUCAUCAGGAAAAAGAACCCCGGGGGCUGGUGGGAGGGCGAGCUGCAGGCUCGGGGGAAGAAGCGGCAGAUUGGUUGGUUUCCAGCCAAUUACGUGAAGCUCCUGAGUCCCAGCACCAAUAAGACCACUCCCACAGAGCCCAACCCUCCUAAACUGGCCCCUGCCAGCACAGUUUUGUGCCAGGUGAUCGGCAUGUAUGACUACGUGGCCCAGAACGAUGACGAGCUGGCCUUCCUGAAGGGUCAGGUCAUCAACGUGCUCAACAAGGACGACUGUGAUUGGUGGAAAGGAGAGCUGAAUGGCAGGGAGGGCCUGUUUCCUAGCAACUACGUCAAACUGACAACUGACACCGACCCGAGCACGCAGUGGUGCGCCGACCUCCACCUGCUGGACAUGCUGAGUCCGAUGGAGAGAAAGAGGCAGGGCUACGUCCACGAGCUGAUCGUCACAGAGGAGAACUACGUCAACGAUCUGCAGCUCGUCACAGAGAUCUUCCACAAGCCGCUGCUGGACUGCGAGCUGCUGACGGAGAAGGAAGUGGCCAUGAUCUUUGUCAACUGGAAAGAGCUCAUCAUGUGCAACAUCAAACUCCUCAAGGCUCUCAGGGUGAGGAAGAAGAUGUCUGGAGAUCGGAUGCCUGUGAAGAUGAUCGGCGACAUCCUGACCAACCAGCUGCCCCACAUGCAGCCGUACAUCAGGUUCUGCUCGUGUCAGCUGAACGGGGCCACGCUGAUCCAACAGAAAACAGAUGACAAUCCUGAGAUCAAAGACUUCCUCAAGAGGUUAGCCAUGGAUCCCAGGUGCAAAGGAAUGCCUCUGUCCAGUUUCCUCCUCAAACCGAUGCAGAGAGUCACACGCUACCCUCUCAUCAUCAAAAAUAUCCUAGAAAACACUCCAGAGUCUCACCCAGACCACAGCCAUCUGAAAGCUGCGCUGGAGAAAGCAGAGGAGCUCUGCUCACAGGUGAACGAAGGCGUCAGAGAGAAGGAGAACUCUGACCGGCUGGAGUGGAUCCAGGCUCAUGUUCAGUGUGAGGGGCUCUCAGAGCAAUUGGUGUUUAACUCGGUCACCAACUGUCUGGGUCCCAGGAAGUUCCUCCACAGCGGCAAGCUGUUCAAAGCGAAGAGCAGCAAGGAGCUCUACGGCUUCCUGUUCAAUGACUUCCUCCUGCUCACUCAGGUCACCAAACCUCUGGGCUCCUCAGGUUCAGACAAAGUCUUCUCCUCCAAAACCCACCUGCUGUAUCGCAUGUACAAAACGCCGAUCUUUCUGAACGAAGUGUUAGUAAAGCUGCCAACGGAUCCUUCAGGAGACGAGCCUUUGUUCCACAUCUCUCACAUAGACAGAGUUUACACCCUCAGGGCCGAAAGCAUCAAUGAAAGGACGGCCUGGGUUCAGAAGAUUAAGGCUGCUUCAGAGCUCUUCAUAGAAACGGAGAAGAAGAAGAGGGAGAAGGCAUAUUUAGUCCGUUCUCAGAGGGCCACGGGGAUCGGCAGACUCAUGGUCAACAUCGUGGAGGGGAUCGAGCUCAAACCCUGCCGCACCCAUGGGAAAAGCAACCCUUACUGUGAAGUCACCAUGGGUUCUCAGUGCCAUAUCACAAAAACAGUCCAGGACACCUUGAAUCCCAAGUGGAAUUCCAACUGUCAGUUUUUCAUUAAGGACCUUGAACAGGACGUCCUCUGCAUCACUGUGUUUGAGCGAGACCAGUUCUCACCUGACGACUUCCUAGGCAGGACUGAGAUCCGAUUGGCUGAAAUUAAAAAGGACCAGGGAUCCAAGGGACCAAUCACCAAGAGGCUGCUGCUACACGAAGUUCCCACAGGAGAGAUCGUGGUUAGACUGGACCUCCAGCUGUUUGAAGAACCAUGAAACGCACCAAGGGUUGGACCAGAAGGGACUGGACUAAGCGCUGACCUGGGGGAAAUGAACUGGGAACUGCAGCCAGACUGGAAUGGACUGGACCAGAACCCAGGAACAGGCUGAGGUUACUCAUUAUGCAGUUAAAGCUUAGGGAGGCUAAUGUGCUAACAUAACUAAAUAUCACCAUUAUCACCUUUUUUAUUAUUUGGAAGACGGUAGCAAUAAAUGGGAGUAUAUGAGGUUUAACGAGGUAGAUUAAAAAAAGAUAAAGUUUUUUUUAACAGUUAGGGUCCUUAAGUUCUAUUACAUUCACUGCAAAUAUUUAGGAUGAAUAUAAAGUAUAGAUUUAAUAAAAAGCAGCCAGAGAGGAUUAGAUGUUCUCUAUUUACUGCUAACAAACGCAGACCUGAGCUCCACUCACAUCUAAUCAGUCCUUUUCCUGCUUCAAGAUUUUAAAGAAACAGUUUUAUCUGUUUUAGCUAAGAUGAAGUCAUUCCAGCAGACGAUCCAAGGCCUGUUUCUGGUCCAGUUAAUCCCAGUCUGCUCAUCUAGUCGGUUGAACCUGGGACUGCUGUUUCUGCCUCCUCUGCUUUAUCCAGAUGACAAUCCCUCCUUUCUUGUCUCCCUCCAAACAUAACGGUUGUGUGUGACUGAUUAGAAAGGUUUUUUUUUUAUUAGUCCAACCAGCUUCUCAGACUCUUAACUCUUUUUUUAUUAUUUUAAUCUGAGCUGCAGAACCUAAAGGGAUCUGGACAUUUUUCUUUUAACUUUAACUGAACAGUCUUCUCAGAAAGUGCUUAAUAUGUACAGGUGUAUUGAAAAUCACGAUAAUAAGCUGAAAACAAAUCAGAUUUUAACCAAGUAUAUGAUAAGUGUUCAAUGGAAAUGAUCCACCACGUGUCUCCAUUUGCAGCAGAUGAAGUGACAGUCAAUGCAGUGAACAGGUACGAAAGCUCAUUUCAAUCAAGGUACUGUGAACAAGAAUGUCUUAACUUUUUUUUUUUUGUCACACAUCUCAACUCUGACGUGUUGCUGCUGAGUUAAGCUGUCAUUACUAUGCAGGGGGGUAAAUUGAGGGCCGAUGGGUUUGGGUUUUCAGAGAAGCUCGGUUAAACAUUUAUUUCCAGUUUAAUGCUGAAGAAGCUCAGCACAGAAAUCCUACUAAUAUACGUCAAACAAGCAGACACUGCUCCGGGAAUUUUAGCAUAAAUUUGUCAAAGUUGAUUUUGUCCAUUGGCGGCCAUUUUGAAUAGUCAGAGUCCAAAAGGGAUCCUGAAAGUUAAAACAUUCGGUCAAAAAUUGAUUGACUGGUUUAAUAGAUGUUUUUUUUAAUAGAUCUGAUCAGUGGCAAUGUUUGAAAUAUUUAAGACUUGCUGAAGCUUUAGAUGAACAUAUUAACCUAACAAAGACAUGUAUUGGUCUUUGAUAUGGACAAUUUUAAUCUAAUCCAGCCUUUACAGGCAGGACGUAUAACGUAUAUGUUCAUCAACAAGGUCAAAGCUAAAUAAGAUUUUUCAUUUAGCUUUUAAUGCUGGAAUUAAAAACCAUCAUUAUAGCUAUGUACAAUUAUAAAAACAGUUAAAAGCCGUUCAUUAUUCGUUUUUCUGUUUGCAUAUAUUUAAUACAGAUUAAAACAUUUUGUCCAGCAACAAGCUUUGCAGAACAAAACAAGCCAAAAGUAAGACCCUAAAAAUGACAGAUAAAAGUGGAAAAUAAACAAAACACACCAACUGGUUGAUCAACCACUGAAUCCGAUUUGAAUAUUAAAAUCUUACAAAAAAAGAUUGUUUAAUUAUUGAAAUAAGAAUAUCUGCAUAUACAACAAAGACAUUGAAGAAAUAAUAUCUGGGAUGUAGAAAAACAGACAUAUUGUGAGUGGCAUUUUUUGUGUGCAAGCACAGAUAUCUAAAAUUUUAACCAGGCAAAAGGCAGCUAUUGAGAAAAAAAAGGUGACACAGAAUAGUGCCUUGAGGAACGCCACAUGUGAGCUAUGUUCG